GUGGAUUUCCAAAAAGUUCGCAUCCAGGAAACUCAAGCAGAACUCCCAAGAGGGUGUAUUCCUAGAAGUGUGGAAGUGAUCCUUAGAGCAGAGGCAGUAGAGCAGGCUCAAGCUGGAGACAAAUGUGACUUCACAGGAACUCUGAUUGUUGUGCCUGAUGUUGGACAAUUAACUACUCCAGGUGCAAGAGCAGAAUCAUCUGAACGUCAAAGAUCUGGUGAUGGAUAUCAAGCAGAAGGAAUAAGAGGCCUCAAGGCUCUUGGUGUAAGAGACUUAACAUACAGGAUGGCAUUCUUGGCCUGCAGUGUGCAGUCAACCAACCCAAGGUUCGGAGGGAAGGAUUUGGAUGAAGACAUGACAGCAGAAUCAAUUAAAAAGCAAAUGACAGAACAGGAAUGGCARAAAGUCUAUGAGAUGAGCCAAGAUAAGAAUUUAUACCAAAACAUUUUAAACAGCAUCUUCCCAACAAUUCAUGGUAAUGAUGAAGUGAAGCGUGGAGUGUUGCUUAUGUUGUUUGGAGGAGUUCCCAAGAAAACCACAGAGAAGACAAGCCUUAGAGGUGACAUCAAYAUAUGUGUUGUUGGUGACCCAAGCACAGCAAAGAGUCAAUUCCUUAAACAUGUGGAAGAGUUCAGCUCAAGAGCAGUGUAUACUUCAGGAAAAGCAUCAAGUGCAGCAGGUCUGACAGCUGCUGUUGUGAGGGAUGAAGAGUCUAAUGAAUUUGUAAUUGAAGCUGGUGCCUUAAUGCUUGCAGACAAUGGAGUUUGCUGUAUUGAUGAGUUUGAUAAGAUGGAUCCCAGGGAUCAAGUUGCUAUUCAUGAAGCCAUGGAACAACAAACUAUUUCCUUGACCAAGGCUGGUGUCAAGGCAUCAUUAAAUGCAAGAACGUCAGUUUUAGCKGCAGCUAAUCCCAUUGGUGGUAGAUAUGACAGAAGCAAGUCAUUACAGCAAAAUGUAAACAUGUCAGCUCCUAUCAUGUCUCGAUUUGAUCUUUUCUUCAUAUUAGUUGAUGAGAGUAAUGAGGUAACAGAUUAUGCCAUUGCAAGGAGGAUAGUCGACCUCCAUAGACGGUUAGAAGAGUCUGUGGAAAGAGUUUAUUCUGUGGAUGAGGUGCAACGCUACAUUACUUUUGCCAGGCAGUUCAAACCCACAAUAACCAAAGAAGCACAAGACUUCAUGGUUGAACAUUAUAAGCAUCUAAGAGAAAGAGAUACUUCAAGUACUGCAAGGUCUGCUUGGAGAAUUACUGUAAGGCAACUUGAAAGCAUGAUUCGUCUAUCAGAAGCCAUGGCAAGACUGUGCUGUUCAGAUGAGGUUCAGCCAAAGCAUGUCAAAGAGGCUUUUAGACUUCUCAACAAAUCUAUCAUCCGUGUAGAAACACCAGAUAUACAAUUUGAUGAAGAARACCACAAUGAAGAAAUGGACAUUGASGAUAAUGAAGAUAGAAGCAGUGCACAGACAGAAACACCAAGCAAUGACAUGGUGAAUGGUGAAACUGGACAGCCAAGCAAAUCAUUGUUGAGAGUCUCCUAUGAAGAGUAUAAAAGAUUAGCUCAACUGCUCAUCAGACGUCUAAGGAAGGAAGAAGAAAAGUCGGAAACUGCUGAGGAAAAAAUUCGUCGAAGYGAUCUUGUUAACUGGUACCUGAAAGAAAUUGAAAGUGAGAUAGAAAGUGAAGAGGAGUUGAGUCAAAAAAAGACCCUGGUUGAUAGAGUACUUGACCGGCUGGUUGAUCAUGAUAAAGUGAUUCUAGCUUUACAAGAAUAUCAAGAAGACAAGGCUUCUGAACCAGAGGAUCCAUACUUAGUUGUUCAUCCAAACUAUUGUGAUGAUUGAAGAAAGAAAGAACAAWUUCACCCCAAAGGCCCAUUUUCAACAGUGUUGUAAAAAUUUACCAAGUAAAGAAAAAAGCUUUUGUUAGAAGCUAGUUGUGUGUUGCUAUUUUUGUACAUAAAAUUUAAUGUAGAGUUUACYUUAGCAAUAGUCUUGAAUGCGGUUGAUUUGACAGACAUGGUGAAUUCAAUUUCACAUGGUGAAUUCCAUACCACAUACUGAUUUCUGUCAUAUUCAUUKUGAUGUGGAGUUUUGUGUUGCAGUGGAUAAAGAGUAAUCACAAUUUAAAAAAUGAUCUUUUCUAACUUUAAUGCAAUAAAUGUUUCAUGUGGUUUGAAAAUAUCRUUUCAGGAGGGCUUAAAUUGCUAUAUGAUUUUAAAUAAAGGUUCUAAUAACUGUUGCUUGGAAGUUAAGGAAUAUUUUCCAAAUAAAAUUAAACGUUGGCAUGAAAUUGCAUUUUUGGCUGUUUGAAAGUUUGAAAUUGAUUCUCCAAUCAAUAGCASAUAUUGGAGUUACACUAUAYUGCCUUCAGACAAUUGUUACAUUUGGGUCAGUUUUUAUACAUUUCAUUKUAUUGACCCAAAUGCCUCAACUUGARACAAUUGUUUGAAGGCAACAGAGUGUAACUCCGAUAUCUACAAUUUACUUUAAUUUGAYUAUAAGAAAAACGUUUUGUUCAUUCMUGAACUUUUUGAAAUUUGAAAAGUGAAAAUAAUGUGGGUAUGCACAGAUUUCUGUUGAAUSUAAAAUUCACUGAAAGUAUUUGGCCAAAAAAACCAUACCCUYAAUAGGGAGGGAACAGGCCAAAGGACACAAAGUCUUACCAAGUUUCACCUAUAUCACUUAAUAAAAUGCCAUGUUUUUA